CUACCUUUGAUCAAAUCUACCUUCAGUUCCAUGGGAGGCUUUGAGGGUCAUCUGUACCCAGGGCUGUCUCUCUUCUUCUAUGGACUUUAUCAUGCACGACUAGUAUCAAGGGCCUUGAUAUGCAACCACCCUGUCCAGUAUCGGCCAUGUCAUCCCUGGAGAAAAGGAAGAUGGGCAAGGCUGCAGCAAAUAUACUAUGUUGGGCUGGUGAAGAUAUUAAGUGCCUUCAUUUUAGCAGCACAAGAGCUGCAUAACGUACAUGGACAAUUUGUACUUAUCAGCAAGAUAUAUCAUCAGAGAAACUUUUUGUACCGCAAACAGUGGCAGCAUCUCACUCUGUAUAUGACUUUCUUCCUGAGCGGGUGUACGGAUGUAGUGAGCCAGAACCUGCUGCCCCAGAGGUGUGCUGCUCUGGAGCAAGGUGCCCAAGCCCUGGGCAUAUUUUUAUUUCUGCCUCUCAUGAUGUCUCACAUGCAGGACUCAGAAGGUGUGGAGCUACAGUCUCACAUCCUGCUUACUCAGGCCAUGUUCCUGCUGGUGCUGGUGGUGAUUGCAGAGCUGUGGGCUCCCAAUAUGCUGCAGCUUUGGGUUAUGAAGGCCUUUUUUUAUAUGAUGAUAGGCUCUUGGCUGAUUCAGAUAGGCUUUAUGCUGUACAAACCAAUUUCUGGCUAUAAAUGGAUGGAUGAUGACAAAAACAACAUUAUAUUUGUCACCACCUUCUUCUGCUGGCAUGUGGCUUUCAUUGCCAUUUUAAUGAUCUGGGUCUAUGGCUUCUCCUUUUUGUGGUAUUAUUACAUUUGUUGAGGUAUGAACCUUGGUGAUCCCAGAAUGGCUUUUGUCACCUGCACAUUCUGGAAUACCUAGAUGAGAAGUUGUAGGAAGUGGAGGUGUUAGAAAGGAAGAUGACUGAGGCAACAGACUUUGUUGGGAUGGACAUCCACCUCUCCCCUUCUGGCUUCUGAGCAGUCUCAUCUGCUGCGCAGUAUGCUGGGACAGGCAAAUGAAACCCAAGAAGAAGUUAUGACCUUCACUCUCAGCUCCCCAAGUAUUUCCCCUACCUCUCCUACCUCUCAAUUCCAGAUGAGGCAUUCUCCUUGUCUUGUUCUUCUCUGUACUCUUCACAUCCCUCCUAGGAGAAUAUGAAAAUAAAUGUGCUGUAUCCUG